AGAUACAUUGGCUACGCCAUGUGUAAGAUUGGUGACUUGAAUCAGAAUGAUUUGAUGACAGAGAAAGAAGUCCAUACUGUGUUGAAUAUUGGCAAACCAAGGAUGCAGAAAAGUGGGUCUGCCAGUAGCAUGAGUAGCUUGGUUGAUAGUGGAGAUGAAAUGCCUUCGAUUUACGAUGGAUCAAGCGGUGCAGAGGUAUAAUAGAGAUAAUUAAACUAACUUUUUUUUCUAGACACCUCAAUGAGUUCUAAACUUUUCCACUAAAGGUCCCGUUGAUAGUCGAGUGUAGUUGUCACUAUAGAAAACUGGGAAAACUUGUUAUAUUUUCUCGACUUUUUAAACUAUACCUGACAUCUCGUCACUAUUCUUCAGGGGCCGGUUGUUCAAAACUGCAAUUAGCUUAACCCUAGGUUAAACCUAUAAAAUUCAAAGAAAAUUUCCUGACAGCUUGUCUAUAAAUUAGGAAAUAUUUUUUCAGAGAUCUUGUCUGGAUCAAUAGGAGUUUUCUUCUCUGAAGUUUUGAAAUAAACAGACGUGCAGAAAUACACAAACUAAAACAGCAUGUUAAAUUUUAAUCCAGGGUUAGCGCUAACCCAGCUUUGAACAACCGGCCCCAGUACAUUCCAGCUUGUCUCUUACCUGUUUCAUUUGUCUUUUUCUCAUUCAGGAGCUUGCUGCUCUAGUAUCAUUUACCAGCAGGCAAUUUUAAGAAAUAUAAGAAAAAACAUACUCGGAAUAAUUAUGCCAUCCUGCGAACUCAGGAUAUGAGUUAUUCAAAGAAAACACGACAUAAAUUAUGGUGGUGAUAUUUUGACUCUAUUUCAGGGUCGUUGUCAAACCAAACUAAUUAUUUACAAACGUGCAUGCUCAGAUCUUUAAGAGAAAUAGGAAGAUGACAUAAUCAAGUGGAACGGAAGACAGAAAUACGAGGCGCGAUAUUUACAAACAAAUAAAUUACGUUUCUUUAAAUAACUCGUAUCCUGAGUUUACAAGAUGGCAUUAUUAUUCACAUUAUACACAUCUUCACUGAUAUUCUCCUGCCCAAGCAGGCAAGAUAAUGAACCUUAAAGUAGCAACGAACAAUAGGGAUUACAGUAUCAAACGACCGGAAACAUUUAACAAGAACGUCGACGUUUCGAGUGACGGCCCCAUUCAUUCUAUGAACCUUCUUGCUCGACUUAGGGUGACAAAACAAGGAAAACCAAAGCAACCGUUCGUUUGGCAAAGGACUGGGAAUAUGUGGCUGGAAUGGAACCAAUGAUACUAGUGUCACUGCAUUAUGAUAAAACCAAGCAGAGUCUGCUUUUGGCUAUUAUUAAAGUCGCAAAUCUAAAGGCACUUCCCAAUGACAAGAUGCCAGGUAAAAUUCAUCCGUACACAAUAUAUGUAGUUGAUCAACAUGAUAAGUGAAGCUAGAGUGUAUUCACUCAGAGACUGCAUACGUCCGCCAGUGAAAGUUAAUUAUAUUACGCAAGUUUAAUUAAAUUAUCUUACAUUAUGAAUUCAGUUAUCUCAUAACGCCCGGAGAUAAAAGAAAAAAUGUUAUAACAUUUCCAAAAUUGGUCAAUUUGUUUUAGCCUGCGGUCCGAUAAGCUCCAAGACGUUCUAUCGAUCACUGUUGGAUAUCUAUCAAGUUAUCCUUCUAACAUGCAGGCAAACAAACAAGAACACAAACAAACAUGGAUAAGGAAAAUUGUUCCAAAUUUAAAGUUAAACUGAGAAUCGUUAGAGGAGUGCAUAUUAGAAAUUUUUCUAUAUCAUAGAAGAAGCAUGCAUGAAUUAAAAUAUAUUUAUCCAUUGCAAUAAUUAUGUUAAGCCCAAUGAAAUUGAUUUUAUUCAAGUACAUUUGACGUUGUAAUAAUAUUAGAAUAAUCUUUAUAUUUUAAUUCCUUUCGUAUUUUCAGAUCCCUACGUGAAAGUGCACAUCCUGAUACGAAACAAGACUAAAUUGAAAAAGAAGACAGCAGUGAUGAAGCAGGAGCUGAAUCCAGUAUACAACCAAAAACUGGAGUUCCAUGUUGCAGCCAAAGAUCUGGAGAAUGUGAAGCUUGUCUUGGCCAUCAAGAAUCAUGUUCCAACACGAGGUGGUACUCUGCGUGGGAGACCUGCAUCUCUUCAUGAAGUCGUGUUUGGUGAGCAAUCAACUGGUUCCUUCUUGGAACAUUGGAAGACCGCCAUUACCACCAACAAGCCGGUAGCUAAGUGGCAUAUCCUUUAGUUCAUAACUUGACCCAAUUUACUUUGUCUUUGAGAAUCAUAUUUGAUGUGUAGUCAUUUGUGAUAGAGAUAGUCUAUACAAAGUGUAGUUCUGAACUUUUAUAUAACAGUUUUAAAUGUAUUUACGGACCAUUCAUCGUUAACAUAGAGACGAGGAGGGGGGGGGGCGAGCUAAAAGCGGAGAAAGCUAAAAUGUGCGUUUCUCGUCCCUUUGUAGGAGAGAAGAAAAACAUACAGCCCAUCUUUCCUGCAUUGCCCCUGAAAGUGUUUUUAAUAAAAACAA